CGAGUGCAGCGCUGCAGAUUCCGCUGUAGAUGUUUUAUGAUUUUUUUUUUUUUAAGGCACCAUGUUCGAACCCCCCGAAACUCUGCUGAAAUAUGAGAACCCAGUUUUAAUCAGCAAAACCACAGAUAAAAAGUGUUCGAAGGGGGGUCGUCCUUUUAAAGUGAGCACCCAACCGCAUGCCGACUCCCCCGUGCCGCCGCCGCCGAAAGCCAAAUCCUCUGCAGCCGAAGCCCCCAGGCAGCAAAACGAUGACAUCCUCAACCUCAUCUUUCCGCCCCGGGAAUGGAUGGAGGGAAACCAGCUGUUCGUGCAGCAGGUUUCGAGUGCGCCGUGCACGCGAGCGGACGUGGUGAACCUCGAGGAGCACCUGGACAGGAAACUGCAGCAGAGGCGGGCCAUCGAGACGGGAAUAUGCCCGGUCCGAAGAGAGCUUUAUACUCAGUGCUUCGACGAGCUGAUCCGGCAGGUGACCAUCAACUGCGCCGAGCGGGGUCACCUGCUGUUGCGGGUUCGGGAUGAGAUCCAGAUGACCAUCGCCGCUUAUCAGACCUUCUACGAGAGCAGCGUGGUUUUUGGCAUGAGGAAAGCUCUGCAAGCCGAGCAGGACAAAGUGGACAUGGAGAAAAGGCCGCUUAUCCUCACGAGGGUCGGAGUGCUGGAGCCUAUCUCAGAUGUCAUCGGGAAGAGGCGGGCAGGAUUGCCGUGCUGGAGCAGCAGAAAGAGGAGCUGCAGAAAGAGUUGCGCGAAGAGAAGGCCAAAUGCGAAGCCAUCGAGAAGACCGAAGAGGAAAAACACGAAGUGCAGGAGAAGAAGUACACGGAACAGAUUCAGUUCCUCAAGAGGACCAACCAGCAGCUUAAGGCCCAGCUGGAGGGGGUUGUGACACCGAAGUAACUACAAGCGUCCAUUUCGCAACGUGACACGUCACCGAACAAUAUAUUUUUUAUGAAUGAAUCUAACUUUGGGUAAAAAUUGAGUAUUAAAUGUCAUUUUUUUUUAAAGAAUGAGAGUAAAUGUGAGACUUUUUGGGUCCUCGUU